AUGGGAAAUACGUGCUCAAGUUGCCAAAACAAUAAAAAGAGAAUAAGGUAAAGAGAAAAAUUCAUAAUUUGAAUAGGCCUCAUUAACACGAUCAAUAAGAUUCAAAGAAAUUGAAUUACAAUCAAAUCCAAAAAUAUGAAACUUUCACUUAUUUAGAAUAAAGACAUUACUUAAAAUGGUUAGGAAUUUACGGAUAGAAUAACUAGAAGGUUGGCAAUUGGACAGCUGCAUGGAAUGGAGUGAUAUUAGACAAUGUUGGCGGAUAGUACUCUGAGGAUGGGAAAAAAAAGGGUUAAUGGAAAGAAUUAGCAAAGAUGUUUUGGAAGUAUUUAUGAAUUUAGAAAAAUAUUAUAAGAAAUGGUUAAGUUUAUAUGUGCGGAGAAUACUGUGAUGAUAUAAAAANUAUACCAGAUAAUAAUCAACAUAAAAAUUUAAUGACUUCGACUUAUUCGCGCACAAAAGCACGCAACAGAAACCUUAAACUAAUUGCUUAUGAAAAUUAAUUCUAAAAAUAUAAGCUGAAAGUUAGAAAGCAAUAAGUAGGAUACAAAUAUGUUAAAAAUCAUCAAUAUAGUUUACUAUGUUCUUUUAUAUAUUAAAAACAUUAUUCUAAGAAAAAAUGA